AUGUCUCCUGAGAAUGCUGUUAGUCAUGAUUUACCAUGGGAUUGUUUAACUGAAAGGCUUCGUCUCAUAGGACUUAUACCACAUGAUGUAGGUGGAUUUGGGGAUUGUUUCUUUAAAUCAGUUUCGCACCAACUGUAUAGGACUGCUGACUUGCAUCUUGAAAUUCGUAUGGCUGGAAUUGGCCAUUUACAGAGUUACCCAGAAUUGUAUAUUGAAAGCAUUUCUAAUGAUCACUGGAAUAACUAUAUUCAACAAAUGUCAAAACAAGGCACAUGGUGUGAUAACAUCAUAAUGCAAGCUGUGGCCAAUGCAUACAACUGUGUCAUUCAUAUCACACAGUCUAAUAUAAAUUCACCUGAAAGUACAAUCUUAACUCCUGUUGCUGAUCAGGAUGGACGAAACACAAUAUUUAUUGGAUAUAUUAACGAGUUGCAUUAUGUUUCAACAUUGACUGACAAAAACAGUAGAUAUAAAAACAAACUCACAUGCAUAAAGAGAAAAUUAUCAGAAACCAAUGAAAACAGACAUGGUAGACUUCUUAAGCACAGAAAUUACAUGAAAAGAGUCAAAUAUACAGAAACAGCUAAUGAAAGGGCAAGCAGACUUGAAGAUAAGAGAGGCACUUAUAGAAAAACAAUGUCUGAAGAAACUGCUGAAAAGCGAAAAGAGAGACUUAAAAAUAAGAGAGACACUUAUAGAAAAAGAGUGUCUGAAGAAACUGUUGAAAAGCAAAAAGAGAGACUAAAAAGUUACAAAGACUCUUAUAGAAAAAGAACGUCUGAAGAAACUGUUGAAAAGCGAAAAGAGAGAGGUGCAAAUAGGAGAGCCAGUUAUAAAAGGUCUCAAACAAUUUCUGCAGGACAAAAAGAGAGCUCUGCUGGUCCAGUUCACGAACAAAAACAUGCACAAAAUAACAUGAACGAUUUUCAUAAGUCCAAUCAGUAUUCAGUUUGCCAAUGCACUGUCUGUUUUGAAGCAUGGCCAUUGAAAUCCAGUCCAAGGAAGGUUGAUCACUACCAGUGUCAGAGGUGCAUACGAGAUAAACAACAACCAAAAAAGUUUUCUAAGGAAAAUGACAUGGUGCCAUCAUUAGUACCUUUACAACUGCAGGGGUUAACCCAAGUAGAAGAAAUGCUUAUUGCACGUGCACUUCCUGUUAUGCGAGUUUACAUAAAACCUGGUGGACAAAGGGGCUAUUCAGGCCACUGUAUCAAUUUGCCUCAGGAUAUAGCUGAACUAGCACAUUCUCUGCCUAGAUACCCAAAAGAUCUAUCUGUUAUUGUUGUUAAGAUGAAAGGUAAAGAGAACAGUUUUAAAGAUGUGACAGUGCGAAGGCAAAAUGUAGCUGAUGCACUACAAUGGCUUGUUAAUAAUAACUCACACUACAAGGACAUAACCAUCAAUCAAAAUUCUCUAAAUUCUUUACCAGAACAUGGUGUUCCACAUGGUCUUCUCUCGGUUGAAACAGAGAAUAUAGAUUUGAAUGCCACAUGUGAACCUGACUUAGGUCCUCAAAAUGAAGAUGACAUUGUUUAUAAUGAGGGUACUGAAAUGAGUAGUUUUCUGCCUAUUCCAGAGUGUCAGCAGCAAGAAAUAGAAGCUGUGCGCCAACAAUUGUCUAAUGAUUCUAAUCACUUGCCCUGGCCAACAGUUGGCAGUGAACCAUUAAACGAGUAUGUAACUCCCUUUUUAGCAACAAUGGCUUUCCCAACAUUAUUUCCAGAUGGUAAGGGUGAUCCUACUAACCCAUCAUUACGCCGAGAUAUACCACUUGGAGAAAGAGUAAAGCACCUUUUAAAGUUUGGAGAAAACAAGAAUGACAAAUGGGUAUAUCGCUUUGCUACUCACCCCAGAUUUGGUUACUGGGCAUUGAAUAUGAUACAAAGAAAACGUAUUCUGCAACAGACAGGCAUGUUCCUAAAACAAAACCCAGGAGAAGCUCAU